ACACCUCAAAAACCGAAGUAUAUGCUAGCGCAAAUGUUUACACUUUUGUACAGUCGUGUGUUAUCUAUAAGCAUAUUGUGUGUAGCUGUUAUCAGCUACAUCGCUGCAGGUUAUAAAUACGCUACAUAACGGAUAAAGAGUAAACUAAUAAAAAUAAUGAGAUCCCUGACACUUCAUAAACAAGUUGAACGAAAGAUUGGCGUUGUCUUUGAAAGUUAUGGUCGUUUUGUUUACUACAAUGCACCAAAAAUAAUUAUAAUAUCGAUUAUAAUAAACGGUGCCUGUGCAAUAGGGAUAGUUAAUAUGAAAUGGGAAAUAGAUGCUAAAAAAGUUUAUCUUCCCCAAGAGACACAAACCCGAAAAGACAAAAGUCGAGUGGAAACGAUUUUCCCAGAUAUGAGUGGUUCCAUGUUUAACGUUUUACAGGUAUCUGAUGAGGGAUAUUGGGUCAGAGUUAUAGUCAAGAGUAAAUCUGGAAACCUUCUUAACAGAACCAUACUAGAAGAAAUCGGGUACUUGUCAAACAUGAUUCUAAACAUAACAGCUGAGAACAGUGAUGGAUCAGUAAUAAAAUUUUCAGAUAUCUGCGCAAUAAACAACAAUAAAUGUUCAGUUGUUGGAAAUAUAUUUUGGGAUGAAGAAUUUCUUACAGCGUCAGAUGAAAAGAGGGUUACUUUCCCGUCUUUCAUUUCAUCAAGAGGCAUUUUCAGAUAUUCCUCUAGUAUUGGCGGAAAUGUAACAACAGACGAAUCUGGAAGAUAUCUUACAAGUAUGGAUUACUUGAAGUUGGAUUAUAUGAUUAGGACAGACGAUCACAUAUUUGAGCACUUAGGUAAAAUUUGGGCAGAUGCAUUCAAAAAAGAAUUAUCAACCUAUAGAAAUGAGUAUUUUGAUAUUGCGUAUGGUCACUUCAACUCUAUUAGUGAAGAGAUUGAUAAGACUAUUUUCGGAGACAUGGCCAUCUUUGUGGGAACAUUAUCCAUGAUGGUUGUUUAUGCUUGCAUUGCAACUGUACCGGCAAGUUUGCAACAUGUUGGAGACAGAAUAUGGUUGGGUAUGGCAGGCAUUUUAGCAGCAGGGUUGGCCAUUCCUUCAAGUUUUGGUCUGUGUGCAGCAGCUGGUGUUGAUUUUGUUAGUAUUGUUGGCGCGGCUCCGUUUUUGGUGAUUGGAAUUGGGAUCGACGAUAUGUUUAUAUUGUUAGCUGGUUUAUAUGAAGCUCGGGGAAAACCAACUUUGGAAGAAAAAAUUUCAGAUACUUUACGUACUUCAGGCGUUGGAAUUACAAUUACAACAGUAACUGAUCUUAUAGCAUUCAUGGCAGGGGCUGGAACAAAUAUCAUUGCCGUUAGGAGUUUUUGCACCUACGCAGGACUCGCCGUUUUGUUCUGUUACAUCAACAACGUUACGUUCUUUGCUGCCUGUAUGGUUAUAAAUGAAAAACGGAUAGCAAAUAAUCAUCACUUUAUCACAUUCAAGAGGAGGCUAAAGAAUCGAGAUGCUUUACAUGACGAAAUAUCAGACAACACAGAACUCAAUGAAUACCCUAAAAACUUCAUUGACAAAUUUGUUCACUGGAUAAUUCCAAAAGUAGUGCUGAAAUUUCCAAAUAAGAUUAUUAUAAUAAUUCUGUUCACUGGAUAUAUUUCCGCAUCUAUUUAUGGCUGUACUCAUUUGAAGCAAGGUCUACUAUUUUCGCAGAUCGUAAAUGACGACUCUUAUUUCUUCAAGUUGGCGCAUUGGAAUGAACAAUACUUUCCGCGACAGUACGCUGUAGCGUUCGUGAUACCAGAUGUGAUUGAUUAUUCAGACCCAAAGACGUUUGACAUGAUAAAUGAUGUUAUUAAAAGCGUUCAGUCUAAUAUACAUUUCGACCCAAAUUUUGAGGUUAACUGGUUGAAAGCAUACCGUGGCUCUCCAUAUUACAAUGGCUCCUUGAAAUCGGCUUUCUUUGCCGGACUUAAAAAAUUCACAAAUGAUAAAAAUUAUGCCACGUAUCAAAAUGAUAUUAUUUUCAAUAGAUUUGAUAGCUCAGUAAAGUCCUCGCGCUUUUACGUACUUUCUGCAAACUUACCAAAUAGCCAAGAGGAAGGUAGAAUGAUGUUAGAGGCCCGCGAUAUUGCUAACACUGCAUCAAUUGAAUGUAUAGCGUAUUCACCGUUUUUCGAAUAUUUUGAGCAAUAUGUUUGCGUUCUGGGCCUGACUUUGAAAUCCAUAGGAAUUACAUUCGCAGCAGUGUUUGUUAUAACUUGUAUGUUUAUGCCACAUCCUGUACUGGUUACCUUAGUUACACUUGUUGUGAUAUUGAUAAUGACCGGUGUAUUUGGUGUUAUGUAUUACUUAGAUAUCGCUUUAAGUGCUGUCACUAUGAUUCAAUUAAUUAUGACUGUUGGUUUUGCAAUUGACUUUUCAGCUCAUAUCUGUCACGGCUAUAUGGUUGCUGACAAUAAAAACGCGAAUGCAAGGGUAAAAGAAACAAUAGAAAGAACUGGUGCCCCAAUUUUACAUGGUGCAUUAUCUUCUAUACUAGGUAUUUCAUUACUUAUCUCGGCAAAGUCUUUUGUUUUCAGAACAUUUCAAUCGAUCAUGUUUUUUGUGCUUUUCUUUGGUAUAACCCACGCUCUUUUCCUAGUGCCAGUUAUAUUACCAUGGGUUUGGCCUAGUAAAGAACCUUCUGCGCCCAAGCAGUUGAUAGAUAACUGCAAUCAAAUCCUGCCUUUGACGGACAAAACUAACGUUAAAAAUGGUAGCCCAAGUACAUGCUAUGACAUUAACAGCCAAACGGUAUCUUUAGAUGUUGAAGAGGUGUUGAAAGAUAUCAAUAUAAGAGAAACAGUUCUUUAAAUGAUUAAUAAAGGGACGUUAUCAUGAUAUUUUUACACAAGAAAAGCUACCUAAGGUAAAGUGAUAAAAUUUUGUUUUUGGAGUUCUUUUUAUCUAAUUAAAAGAUUGUGAAAUAAAUGUUUAUAUACUAGGGCCGUUAGAGGUGUUGCACACUCCAUUACUUCUUAGGAACAUACUCAGUCAAACAGUGUUUGCUAUUAUUUUGCUUGGUUGCAAUUCUUUGCAUCCAAAUGAUCUUCUUGAAAUUUAAUUAUAUAUGCUAUUAUAUUUUAUAUUUACUGAUUUCAUAAUUCAGGUGAACUUAUUUUAAAAUUGCCAAUUAAUCCGUUGUUGUCGUUGGUAUAAUAAUAGAUUAGACGAUUAAUUGAAACUCGGAACAAUCUUUUUAGCAUACAACCGUUAGGAGCAACAAUUAGGAAUGGGGUUUCUGUGAUGUGUUGUGUAUCUGCCUUUUGGCAUCUACAUAAUUAUAAACAAAUGAAAUAUAUAAGUACAUCACAUAAUUGCUUUUUGUCCUGCGUUAUUAAAGGAAAUGAAUACAGAUUUUUUUAAAUCAAAUAAUAUGUUGGCCUAAUGUUAUUCGCUCUUAUAUGCAGAUGACACCAGGGAGUGGACAAACGAAUAAAAUUUGCAUACCGCAAUCUUUUCAUACGUAC